CGCCGCACACAAGCAUAAUGACACAUUAUCGUGAGUCGUAUAGACAGAACGCCAUUACAGAUCCGGAGUAUAUUGUGUUAAGAAUUCCAAUUCAACAUCAAGUUUUUACCCCAGCUAUCAAAAGAAGUACAAAUUGCAUUAGCCCGCCUGUAUAAAAUAUUUUUUCACGAUGUUUACGAUUGUCGUGGCGUGACUCGGUUUAUUUACGCAUCUCCUGGGACAAACCAUACUUUCUCUAUAAUCCCAAUAUAAAACGGUGCAGGAAGGAAAAAAGGGUUUGUUGAAAACGAAUGUUAAAGGAACCAAAUCCUGUUACUUGUGAUGUAGAUGUCACUACACCGACAAUUGUUUUACGGAUGGCACAAUAUUGAGAUAAGCACAUAUUUUCCUGAUGGAUUAAGAAAGGGACUUGAAAGAAUGCAAUGUACAUAACAAUCUUUCGUCAUGUAUUGCAACAUGCUGGGAAAUCUGCAAUUUGUUCUUGUCUUAUCUGUCUUGACGGUGCUCAUUCAUUGGACAAAUGCGAUAUUCUCAGAUGAUAUUCCAUCAUUCCCUUCAUCAGAAAGUCUUUCAGAAAAUGACAAUUUGCCCACAAAUAAACGGUAUGCCAUGCUAUCAUACAACUUCGGAUCUAAUAGACGAUAUCAACCAAGUUAUUCGCAGAGUCGGAGGAACACUUAUUUUCCGAAGAGAUACAGGUACAGUUCAUACUGGCGGCCUUGGGAAAGUCUUCCAGACUACCACUGCUAUCGUCAGAGGUGUAAUACGUCAUCGGACUGUUGUCGUCGUCAUAAUAUUUGUGAUCCCUAUGUUAAAGUGUGUCAUGACUGUUGGCAUGGUUACAAAUGCCAAACGUCUGGCGACUGCUGCAGUCGAUACCCAUAUUGCCAUCCCCAUAAAAAGGAGUGCUAUAAUUGAUGUAUGACAGCUUCGUCCUCGCCAAGGCCGCAUUGUACCGAUAAUCACUCAAAAUUAUGAUCAAUUUAUUUUUGUUCGUCUACCAUUUUCGUAAUAAAGCUUAAAUCUCAACAGCA